UAUAAUAUGGUCACGGCUUGCCGUGGAUUGCAGCAUUAGGCAGAUGCAAAUGACACAGAAAAAAUUUGAUAUUUUUUUAUUGAGCAUUUUACAAACGGCACAACAAACCGCAGGGCAUGACCUCCGACCGUGCAGAGCUCCAGCCACGAAACCCGACGACGGAGUCUUCCAAAAGGAAUCACGAUGGGGCCGUUUUUUGUUUUUUUUUUUUUGAGCAUUAAAAUGCAACUGAGAUUUAUGUAAUCCGCGGCCAAAAACUUGGCUAGCUAGUAGCACAGGAACCCCUCAUUAUCGAUCGAUAUAAGCGGCCAGAGCAGACAGUCGAUGAGAGACCAAGUCGGUCUGACUGCCUGAGUGGGGCCAGGAACUGCAGAUAAUAACUUGAUCACAGGAAAAUCAUUUAUUGUGACACGAUCGUCGAUUUCGAUCCGAUAAACCGAUACUUGUCUCGGGAAGAGAUUCUCCCCCACUCGACAUUAACUUGUUGUCAUGCUGUUUGAUUGCUUUUCCCCCUUUUGUUUUUUUUUGAUAAUAUCUUUGUGAGACCUAAUUGUUUGAGGAUAAAAACUCACUGUUCCGCGAAUUUCAUGAUUUUUUUAUUUGUGUAUCCACAAGCACUUGGACAUCAUAAUCUCCAUGAGUAGAGCAUUUCCUCAUCCACUUUGUUGCCAUUUGUGUUAUGAGUAAACAUAAGAUAAAAGUGCUUUUCAUUUGUAUUCGUAACAAAAUACAUCUGUGAAGGGGUUUCACCACCCUGACGGACCAAAAACAGUUAAAAAAGUGGCUUAAAUUAAAUGUCUUGAAGUACUUUGUCAUAACUCAAAAGAAUGUCAAACAAAUUCAAAGGCUUUCUUACAUCAAACGUCUUUUUAAAAAUUCUAAUACCAUUACAUGAAUUCUCAUGAGAAUCAUCAUCACAUUUACUUUGCUACAACACUCAAGCUAAAUAAACUUUUAUUGGUAAUUCAAAGAUCAUCUAGUUAAUGAAAUCAUGUUCAGGAUUAUUUCUAUUCCACAGACUCUUGGUUGACUGGCAAACUGGGAAUGAAUUCUACAGAAUAUGUAGAAUUAUGUGACUUUUGGGCUCAGUCAAUCGAAGAACAUGGGAAUUUGCAGCAAGCGCACCCGUUGGCAAGUGCUUUUCACGUUGACAUUGUGCAUUAUGUCGUUAGCCCAUGGAAUAUCUCUGGGCUGGUUCUCUCCUACUCUGCCGUUGCUCCUGUCCGAUGAAAGUCCACUUGGCAGACCAAUUGACUUGCACGAGGUGAUGUGGAUCGGAGCUACGUUUGGCUGUGGGUCCUUUCUCUGUAAUUCUCUUAUCUGCAUUCCGAUUUCAUUUUUUGGAAUUAAGAAGUGCAUGUAUUUCGUGCCCGUUCCCAAUAUGGUAAACUGGAUUUUAAUCUACUUCGCUAACAACCCAGUUUACCUUUAUAUAGCCCGUUUUCUGCUGGGAAUAUCUGGCGGCACUAUGACGGUUUGCUUUCCGAUAUUUAUCGCAGAAAUAUCCGAUAACAGCAUUCGUGGAACUCUAACAUCAUUUUUUAUGUUGACCCUCUGUGGCGGCAUCACAGUGGGCUUUAUUCUUGCUUUUUACCUAUCCUACCAUGUGCUACCUUGCGUCGUCAUUGUCCUGCCAAUCCUCUUCUUCAUUCUCAUACUUCCUUACCCCGAGCCUCCUCAAGAUUUACUGAAACGAGGGCAUGAUGAAAAGGCGGAAAAGUCUUUUUGCUUCUACAAGAAUUUGUCGAAGGAUCCGGCCAAGAUCAACGAAGUAAAAGCUGAGGUCGACAUUUUUCGAGAUAAAGUACUCGGCGGCGGACUUAAAGAAAAGCUUAACUCUGAUGACUUCUUUAAUCGCGAUACGGCGAAGGCUUUUGGUCUAAUCGGAAUACUACUGCUGUGUAACCAGAUGUCAGGAACCUUUGCCAUCUUCAACUAUGCCUCAGCGAUCUUCUCGGAACUGGGCAGCCAUCUCGAGCCGAAUAUGUGUGCCAUUGUGCUGGGCGCUGCACAGCUUUGUGGCUUAACCAGCGCUGUUCUUCUGGUGGAUCGAGUGGGUCGUCGGUGGCUGUUGAUUCCCUCGCUGGCUGGGAUGGGUCUGGCUGAGCUUAGUGUCGGUCUGUUAAGGUCCUUUGGCUCGCAAUACUAUCUGGAACACCAUGGCUGGGUUGGUCUAACCCUAAUGUGCAUUGUGGCUUUUAGUUCAUCAGCUGGAGUAGUGGCCCUAACCUUCGUCAUCAUCGUUGAACUACUGCCAUUCAAGAUCCGAGCACCCGGAACCUCCAUCAGCAUGUGCGCUCUCAGUUCCACAGUAUUUAUGGCACUCUUGAUCUAUCCCGUCAUGCUCCACAACUACGGAGUGGAUGUUACAAUGUACAUGUCGGCAUGUUUUUGCUUUUUGGGCGUAAUAGUACUGGGCUUAUUUCUACCUGAGACCAGAGGAAAGAGUGAAUUAGCCAAUAUGACUUUCGAUUCAAGUCCACCAAAAAAGUUGAGUGUUUUCAAUGCGCGCUACCGAUGGCAAUUUAUUGCCACCAUGACGGUGCACAUAAUGACUCUGACCCAUGGAAUUGCCGUGGGCUGGUUGUCACCCUCGCUGAGACUUCUUGGUUCCGGUGAUAGCCCUCUCGGAGAUCCACUGACCAUCACACAGGCAUCCUGGGUUGGAUCACUUAUCGGCCUUGGUUCACUGACUGGGAAUAUAAUCUUCGGACUGCUACUCGAUCGUUUGGGCCGCAAACUGUGCAUGUAUUUCCUGGCCAUACCCAAUAUGAUGUAUUGGAUCCUUAUCUAUUCCGCGCAAGACGUCACGUAUCUUUAUGCUGGACGAUUCCUAGCGGGGAUGUCCGGAGGCGGCUGCUAUGUCGUCUUGCCCAUAUUUAUAGCGGAAAUAGCCGAUAAUAGCAUUCGAGGAGCCUUAUCGUCCAUGGCUAUGAUGUACUUAAGCAUCGGCAUGAUGGUGGGCUUUACACUGGCCUCGUAUCUCUCGUAUUAUCUGAUGCCCUGUAUCAUCGUGGCUCUACCUGUGGUGUUUUUACUGGCAAUCAUUGGACUAUCGGAGACACCGCAAUAUCUGCUUAGGCGUGGUCACGAUGAGCAGGCCGAGAAGUCUUUCUACUUCUACAAGAAUCUAAAGGCACCCAGUUCCUACGACAAGGAGGCUCCUAAGCAUGACGCAGCGAAAAUCGAGUUUGACACAUUUCGUCUUCAGGUUCUUAGCGGUGGCGUCACCGAGAGUAUUUCUUGGCGAGAUUUCUUCAACUUACCUACUCUGAAAAUAUUCGGUCUGAUCUUUGUGCUGAUCGUCUGCAAUCAGCUGUCAGGAAGCUUUGCCAUCUUUAACUACACCUCGCACAUUUUCGCGGAGCUGGGCAACAAAAUGGAUCCAAAUACCAGUACCAUUGUUGUGGGAGCUGCGCAGCUGGUGGGCAUCUUCAGUGCUGUGGCUUUGGUGGAUCGACUGGGACGACGUGUCCUCCUGCUCACCUCAAUGGGUGGCAUGGGCUUGGGUGAGCUGACCAUUGCUUUGCUAAAGAGCUUUGCCUCGGCAGAGUUUCUGGACCAGAAUGGUUGGCUGCCAUUGCUCAUCAUGUGCUUUGUGGCCUGCAUUGCAUCUUUGGGAGUGAUAGCCCUGAUCUUCAUUAUUAUCAUUGAACUGUUGCCAGCUAAGAUUCGCUCCAUUGGCACCUCCUUGAGCAUGGCCACAUUCAGUGGUUUUAUCUUUGUGGCUCUGAAGAUCUACCCCACCAUGAUCUACGAUCAGGGCCUGGCUGCCACUAUGUUCAUGUCAGCGGGCAUGUGCCUCUUUGGAUUCAUUGUCUUGGGACUCUUUCUGCCGGAGACCAAAGGAAAGCUGAUGACGCACUGAUGACAUCAACCUCGGGCCCAGCGGCCACGCCAAAGUUGGUUGCUUUUGUUGUGUUUGGCGAUGCGAUGAGAGCCCAUUGCAUAAGACGCGGGAUCCAAAAUGCUUCCAUGUCAAGAGUACUCACUUAAUAAUUUGUGGCACAAUAGCGGCAACGGCUCAUCCUGAACUCUUGAACCUAAUUCAAUUUUCGAGCAUUGCGGUUUUCCUUGCGGAUUUCUAUACAUAGAAAUUUAAAUUAAUUUCGCUGGGAGAAAGUCUUGGGGCUGUGAUCUUGUGAUUGAUAAGCGCGAAAAUUGUAAAUGAAUAGGUUUAAGUUACUUAUAGCUAUUAUUAAUGGUAUAAUGCCAAAUAGCCAUUAUUUACUUAAAUAUAUAAGUCUGCGAAUAAGAAAAAAUGAUUGAAGAAAAUAUAAUAACUUGAAUUUUA